CCCAAUAAUUUACUUAUUUUUUUCUAGUUUAAAACUUAAUAUAUUUUGUCAUUAACGGAAAACAAUUAUCCCAGUGUCUAAAAAAUAUUUAUGGCAAAAAUUCAAUUAAACAAUUUUCUAAUUAUCUUGUUAUCAUUAAUCAUAUCAAUUGUGCCAUUGGUUUCGUCAGGUGAUAGUCAUCACUGGUCGUAUACAUCUCAAAAUGAAUGGCCAAAAUUAUGUGCAACCGGUAGCCAACAGUCACCUAUCAAUAUCGACUCUCAUAAUGUUUGGGUCAACACAACUAUAGCCAUAGAUUUUAAACACUACGAAACAGAGUUUCCAACGAUAAAGAUCUCAAACAAUGGACACACCGCCGUUUUGACAAUUGACUGGUCGUCCGAUGAGACCACACAGCCAUACAUAACUGGUCCGGCACUGGCCAACGAGCUAUACUCUAUGGCACAGUUGCACUUUCACUGGAGUGACAAUAAGGGACGGGGAGCUGAACACACUAUUAAUGAUCGACCCUAUUCUAUGGAGAUGCACAUAGUACAUUUCAAUAGGAAAUAUGAUAAUAUCAGUGAAGCCAUCAACCAUAAGGACGGUCUGGCAGUUUUGGCCGUACUUUUUGCGAUCACCCGUAAAGAGAACCCGCAUUUGUAUGCCAUUAUUGAAGGCAUAAAAGCUGUCAAAAUCGAGGGCUUAGCUGAGUAUCAGUCGGCGGCACCGUCUGAAAGAAUACCGGCUCUCAGAUUAGAAAAUUUAUUGCCCAACGAUCUGACAUUUUUCUAUAGAUAUAAGGGCUCACUAACUACACCUCCCUGUUCAGAGUCAGUCAUUUGGCUAGUGUUUCAUGAAACCAAUGAAAUUGGACUCAAACAAAUCCAAACCUUCAGAGACUUAGUGAACAGCCAUAAGACACCACUGGGCGAUACAUUCAGACAAUUGCAGCCAUUAAAUAGUCGACGGAUCGAGUCGUCCAAACAAAUCAYGGCUAGUGAUGGCAUACAAUUGACUAGUAGUCAAGUGUUGACACAAUUUUUACUUACAAUGUCUAGUCUAGUGUUUAUUUUGCGGUCAAAAUAUUAAUAAUUAAUAUAUACACAAAUUUUAAUUUUAAAAAAAACUAUAAUAAAAUAUAAACUUACAGUAAU